GAUCUGCCACCUGCUCAUGAGCUGUUAAAGCAGCUGUCACCCGGCCACUUCUUCCACUUUUUGUUUUACUUCAUUUACGAGUAAACUGACAUAUCUUGUCUUUACAAUCCAUUUUAAACCAAGCAAGAAUCUACAGUGCAGGCCGCGACAUGAACUUGAACUCCUGGUUUGUUGGAUAUACCUUUGUGUUUGCCAUUAUGAUGUGUUUGCAGCAAUCAAUUUUAGUGUCACCUGAGAGGAGAGAGAAUCUGCCUGACGAUUUCCUCGUGUUCGACUCGGCCCCUGACAAAGUGGUAGAUGACUCUGAGGUGCGUGUACGGUAUCGGUGCUCCAGGCCGUGCCAUCUUGCAGUGGAGGUGGCGGUGUUCUCUGGAAGGCGUGGAGAGGUCGUGGUCUUCAGCAGGAAAUGGACUUGCAGAACACCUCUGGUCUACAGGAGCCACCAGGUGCUGCUCAGAUUCCCUCCGUCCAUUGUGUAUCAGCACAACUUUUUCAACAGAGAUGUGCUCGAGGCCCACAAUGUAACACUUCUCACUUGGAUGGACCAUCUUAAUGAUGGCAGUAGAUACAGCACGUACGCCGAUUCCUUACUGAGGAACUACAAAGUGCUACAGAUGACUCCGCAGUUAGAGCGUCCCACUAUUGCACCCACUGGGUGCCCCUCGUGGUCUGCUCAGCUUAUGUGUUAACUAACCAAAAACAGAAUCCAUCAGUGUCCACACGAGUCAGUGGAAAUUGAUAUGCUAAAGUUCCCGCUGGCGAGUUCGGGUGAGAACUACGGAGUGGUCCGCAGGUUCCAGCCUUUCAUCAACAGAGACCUGGAGCGAGCCCGUCUUCACGCUGUGACACAGCCCAGUGUCACCUUAUCUGUAUGGAUCUACCUUCUGAAAUGGUGUCAGACCGACAUCUGUGGGAUCAUCCAUCAUGUUGAUAGCACAAAAUCAUACGACUCCAUUCUGAUGCUCCUUACACACAAAGGGGACAUCAUAAUUCAGGCGCAUAUGACAAGUGGAGAAGACAAAGCUUUCCAAGCUGAUGUAGUGUUGCCCCUGUGGAAAUGGAUUAGAUUAGACUGCUACAUACAAAACUCAAUGGCAUUACUGGAAACAAGAUGGGACGAUGAGACUCAAAGUCGCACAUAUGAAUUAGAUGAACCUAUCCGUUAUGAUGACACUGAUGGAUACUUUGUGAUCGGAGGAGGAAGGUACAUGCCAACCAUCCAUGGAUAUUUUGGACCUGUUAAAUACUAUCGUCUUGGAAAUGAGAAGGUGGAAAAUCCACUUUACCCCAGGACAAUCUUACAGAAUCUCAAGACUCACCAAAAUUGUCAAGAAAUGAAAGCAUUUACAGUAACUUUUCGUCAAGUAGUAACUGAGAGUUACUUUCAACCACCAAUCAACAAAGAUGAAUGUGUUCAACCGUUCGUAAAACUGUGCUCUCAGUUUGGAGAGAAUAUCUGCAGAAUGACAUGGUCAUGGAGAACACAGCUUAAGUUCAGCACACUUUUCCGUUUCUUACGAGGAAAAGAGAAGGAAAUUAGGACAGGAUCCUGGGGAAUAAAGAACCUCAGAAAUAUUUUGUUCAAACAAGCUGUAGAUAGAAUAUUAACUGUGGAUCAGACAGAAAUGCAAAUCACAAACAAAUUAAUAACUCUACUCCAAGCAUCCUCUUGCUUUGGAAAUCACCAACCGUCUCUCUUGCUGGCCACGAUCCACUUUGGCGGCUUGGCACGCUCUGUGGAUUAUCAACAGGGUGUUAUCUACAGUUUGAUUGGUGCUGUGGGUGAUAACCGUUUUGCUUUGAUGCAUGUGGGAUACAAGCACACACAAGGGAUUGAUGGCUUCCCAAAAGACUUUGACAUGGCAUAUAGCUACUAUUCCAACGUUGGAGCACAAACCAGUGUUGACCUUUUGCACAUACAUAAAACUGAGCAACACAUACCUGAACACAUUUAUCUCAGCAAUACGGUGCACAUCCAGAACCUGCAACAUGAGAGAACUGAUGGCUUUGAGUUUUUUAAAUUUCAAGCAGAAAGAGGAGAUGUCGACUCUCAGAAAUGGUUGGGAACGAUGUUGUUCUGGGGACACAGGGGGAUCUCAAAGGAUGCAGAAAGCGCCGUGAAGUGGUACAAGAGAAGUGCAAUGCAGAUGAAGGAUCCCUCAGCCAUGUACAACUACACCAUUGUACUAAUGAAGGGCCAGGGAGUGAAAAAAAACCUCACUCUUGGUUUGGAGGUGCUACAGAAAGCUGCAGCAAUGGGCUUCGCGGACGCCUUGAAUGCUUUAGGCUGGUACUAGGGGAUUACACUGAAGGAUGACAAAACAGCAGUGAAAUACUUUGAGCAAGCAGUACAAAGUGGGAGUGCUGAUGGCAUGUUUAACCUGGGAGUUUAUCAGCUCAGCGGGAAAAAUCCUGACAGCUCUCCGAGGAAUGAGACGGCUGCAUUUCAGCACUUCCUGAACGCGUCGAGGUUUCAUCAUGUUGGCGCUUCGGUGGAGGCGGUGUGGUACCUUUCGACAGGAAGCUUGGAGGGGGUGUCUCAGGAUACGGAGAGGGCCGUGAUAAUGCUUAAACGAGUCUGUGAGCGGAAUGGACACCUGGGAUUUAUGAUCACGGAGGCUCUGGAAGCCUACCUCCAGGGCUCCUGGCAUGAAGCUUUUGUGAAGUAUGUCCUGGCAGCAGAAACUGGUCUGGGGUUGGCCCAAAGCAAUGCUGCUCACCUGUGUCAGGCGUUGAAUCUCAGGUCUGGCUGUCAGUGGAGAUAUCAUAACCACUCCACAUUAAACUAUGAUCCUCAUCCACCCGCUCUGCUGAAAAUGGGAGACUACUACUACUAUUCCUCCAGCAGACGAGCAAACUCAUUAUCCCUGGUUGGCCAGGCCAUAUCGAUGUAUAGCAGAGCAGCUGCAGCAGGCAGCCCCCAGGGGAUGUACAACUUAUUUGUUUUGGAACAUCAAGGCCAUAUUCUUCCAGUGAGCGUCAGAGGAUUCUUUAACGUAUCCUACCGUGAUGACCUGGAAGUGCGAGUAUAAAAGAUCUUGCAAAGAUGUGUAGCGACUGAGGGUGAAGACACUGUAAUGCCCUGUUCUUUAGCUCUGCUUGGCGUCCAGAUGGGAAAGGCCUUGAGGAAAAUGAGUCACCACAGUGUGCAGCACCUCUUGAUAUUUACAUUGAUUCUUUCUGUCUUGACUGUGAUCAUCAGUCUGCUUGUGCAAAUGUGUCUGGAAUGGAGAACUGCCACUUUCCGUGCAGCGAGGGCAAUGGUAUCUUCUCGUGUGCAGGGUGGCAUCAUGGGAAGGCGCUACAGAGCGGCGGAGAAUCUCUGGUUUACCGUAGUGAAUGGUGAGCGGUGGCUUUGGCAGACCACCGAUUUGGCCGUGACUUUGUCGGGUGUGUGUCUUUGUGUUUUCUGGACCACACUGCUCUAUCAUCUCCUAUGACAUACAAUAGCCAACACAGUGAUCCAACUGCCGCACUAAAGCCCCAGACACGACAUAUUGUCAGAGCGUACAUUUAGAGGAUGAGUUAUGACACUAUUCAUGUGACAUAUUUGGAGGCAUGUGACUCAUUUAAAGUGCAGGGGCAGAAAGCAGACUGUAAAUGUGCUUUAUCAGCCUGUUUCAAGCUGGUUUCUGUGGUAACCAUCUCACCAAUGCUUUGUAUAUGAAAAACUCUCAUCACAUACAUUACUGAAUAAACAGUGCAGUUUAUAUCAUCUUGGAAAGCAGCAGCGAGCAAAC